ACACAUCGGUGGUCCUCGGUUGAGUCCAGUUGUUUUUACGUUCACACAAAGGAGCUGAGAGCUACCGCUUUAAAGCGAUGCGCAAAUAAAGGUCGAAAAAGAAAAUCAAGAUCAUCUCAAAUUAAGAGGGAAAUCAAGGGAAGUUUUUUUUCCCCAAUUUUUUUGGAUAGAAUAUCUUCGUGGAGAAAAAAAUGGUGUCGGCCGGCCUGGAGAUUCUAGGACUUUCGCUGUGCGUCGUCGGCUCUCUUCUCGUGAUGGUGGCGUGCGGGCUGCCUAUGUGGAAGGUGACCGCGUUCAUCGAGGCCAACAUCGUGGUGGCGCAGACCAUCUGGGACGGCCUAUGGAUGUCUUGCGUGGUGCAGAGCACGGGCCAGAUGCAGUGCAAGGUGCACGACUCGGUGCUCGCCCUCAGCCACGACCUGCAAGCGGCCCGGGCGCUCACUAUCAUCUCGUCGGUGAUGGGCGUGCUGGGACUCAUGGUGGUGAUUGCCGGAGCGCAGUGCACCAACUGCAUCCGCAACGAGAACGUCAAGGCGCGCGUGGUCAAUGCCGGAGGAGUUAUCUACAUCUUCAGCGGGUUCUUCGUGCUGGUGCCCCUGUGCUGGAUGGCCAACAACAUCAUCUCGGAUUUCUACAACCCGCAGGUGCCCGGCUCCAAGAAGCGUGAGAUUGGCGCCGCGCUCUACAUCGGCUGGGCGGCCACCGCGCUGCUGCUGAUCGGCGGGGCCGUGCUCUGCUGCUCCUGCCCGUCAUCCGGGAACACGGGAUACUCGGUCAAAUACGCGCCCACAAAGAGAGCUACGCCGAACGGGGACUAUGACAAACGGAAUUAUGUGUAGCCCCACGCAGACUUUUUUUUUUGUUUUUUUUUUUGCACCUGCCUUUUUUUCUCUCAUUCAUAAGCUGGACCAUGUUUUCUAUCUUCAGGACUUCCUAUUUUCCCUCAACUCUCAUUCAAUAAGCUGGGCCAUGUUUCGUCUAUCAUCCGGUCUAAUUCCCUCCUCUUUUGGAAGCCUAAAACUACUGUCAACAACAACAAAAAUGGAGUACAGUAUCUUUGUUAGGUACACGGUUUGUAAGUUUUGUUUUUUUAUUUUAUUUUUUUAUGAUUGUCUUAUUUUUUUGUAGAGGAACUCAUGCCAUUGACACCACAUGCUUUGCCUGCCAAUUACCUGAACAGUAACUGAAAAUAAGAUUGCACUCCCUCACCAAUGGAGGAUAAGAUGAAGAAGUACACAAGAUGUGUGUUGCAAGACUAGCGUCAUAAACAAUGUACUUCAGACCCAAACAAAAAUUUUCACCCUUCAGAUGAUCAACCACAAAGAGAUCCUGGGGUGUUUGCCUUAUAAGGUGUGCGAGAAGAGGCACCUGCUCACCUGGCCGAGAAAAAACCUCACCGUACCAGAGAAACCUCCCUGUACAGUCGACCUGACUGCACGUGAUUUUUUCCCCCUCAUCAAUAUGCAGAGGAUCCUGGAAAACGAGAAGGCUGGAAAAGCACAUUAUACUGAACGGUGAUCACUUCCCAGAAAAAAAGUAGUUUGGGUUUGACGUAUAUCUUUUGUGACUGUAGUCCGUGAACUUUUUUUUUUUUUUUUUUUUUUUUGGUAAACUCAAGAAAUCUUGUAUGUGGUGGGAUUGCUGACUGGGACAUUUUUGCCCGUUAUUCCGAGCACCUGCCGGCAUCGUGUCCACCGCAGGAAGUCUCAUUUUAUUUCUCAAGUUCCUGGAAUUGUUUGCUUUUGUUUGUUUGAUGUAGUGACUUACUAUUCAUGUAUAAGAAGAUGCAAAAUUGUGUCCCUUUUUAUUAAGAUUAAACUCUAUAUUUGUCUUGAACCUAAA